CUUUAGCUAAGUAAAGGCAGGACCUCCGUCGCCACUACUGUAAAUGUUUCAAAGCCUCCUCAAGGAUUAAAAGUAUUAAAACAGGAAUUGAAAAUCAUUCACAAUGGCAAGUAAUUUCGUGAACACGCUCAAAUAUUUAAUGUUUGCCUUCAAUUUUUUAUUCUGGGUGACUGGAUGUUCGAUAAUAGCUAUUGGCAUAUACUUUGUGGUAAACAACAUCUACGGAGACUUACUUACAAAUAACCCCUCGCUUACUGUUGGCAAUGCUUUAAUUGCAAUUGGCAUCAUCAUUAUGGUGUUUGGGUUUCUAGGAUGUAUGGGGGCAAUUAAAGAAAAUAAAUGCCUUCUUCUUACGUUUUUCAUUUUGCUGCUGCUGAUCCUCUUGGCUGAAGUCAUAAUGGCAAUCUUACUGUUUGUUUAUGAAAAGCAGCUUGAUAAUUAUGUGAGGGACAGGUUAACAAGCAGUUUUGAACAGAAUCUAAAACAGAAUUCAAGUGAAACAUGGAAUAUAAUACAGAGAAAUUUGCAAUGCUGUGGAAUCAAUGGAACAAAAGACUGGAAGGAUAAUAUUCCCAAUUCUUGUUGUGCAAGUAACGCAAACUCAAAAUGCAGUCAAGCCGAUCUUUUCAAAAUGGGUUGUUCAGAAGCACUUAAAAACUGGUUUGAGAAAAAUUUCUUGUAUGUUGGAGUGGGAACCAUAUGUAUUUCAGUUAUUGAGGUGCUGGGCAUGUCUUUUGCAUUGACCCUCUAUUGUCAUAUAUCGAGAAGCAGCGGCACACUGAGUACCUAGUGCUGAAGCUCGGAAAAAGGAGCAGUUAUUAUUUUUUUUGUUCUGCUUCCCUGCCUUGAAAUGUAACACUGUAUAAUGAAGGAUAAGGGCUAAAACACAUAGUGCUACUUGUAGACAGCUACUUGUUGCGGCUACAAAAUACCAGAAAAUACCCUGCUAUAGACAAUACUCUGCUAAAACAUACUGAGACAAUUAUCAGUAUUGUCUAUUUUGUAGCUGUAACAAGUAGCUCUGUGUGUCAUUUCCCGUAACUUUCCAGCAAGGAAUUUAUAUAGUUUGUGCAUUAAUUCAUGAUGAAUUUAUCUUGUCAUGGCAUUAAGCUUGUUGCCAUUGAAAACUGUGUGCUUGGGGGGGGGCGUCAUAUAGAACUGAAUGGGUGGAAUGUAAAUAAAAGCUUAUAUAUAUAUAUAUUUGUCUGUUUACAGAUUUAUCACCCAAAAAUAUCUUUCUCCACCAGGGGUGCAGGGGAAACAAUAUUCUUUUUAAAAAAAAAAUAUAGCCCCCUACAGUGCUAGGCUGCCCAGGAGGGAUCGAGAGCCACAACUCACUCAUUAUGCACAUGCAUGUAACUUGGGGUGGGUGAGUUGCAUCCAUCGCUCCUACGUCACACGCAUGUGCAAAAUGAGCAAGAGGGGAGUCACUCAUUAUUCGCAUACAUACCAAAUAACCCGCUCCCAGUGCAGGCGGCCUAGCGAUUCUAUUAGCCCACGCCUCUGGUGGGGGAAGCAAUUUUCAUGUGAUAGGUGCACUUAACAGUAACAGUAAAAUAUUUAAAAUAAAAUGUAGUGUUUCCCUGCACUGGGUGUGUUUGCUUCAGAAACUCUGAUAUAGUUCUUAUAAACAAGCUGCUGUGUGGCCAGGGCAGCCAUUCAAUCUGCAAAAAAGGAGAAAAUCCCAUUGUCUUCUACAGAAUGUAUCUGUUAUCUGCAGUGUAAACUGUGCCUUUUAUCCUUUUUCAGCCGUGUGGCUGCUGCCAAGGCUACACAGCGGCUUUUUUAUAUGAACUGUAGGAGUGUUUCUGAAGCAAUCGCACCUAUUUUACCAGUGUAAGCUAACACAACAUUAUAUCUAUAUUCAUUUAAAACGCUGUCAUUUUUUGGUGUUACUGUUCCUUUAAGGUUAGUAUUGCUAUGGGUGUGACUGUCAUAUUCUAUUUAAUACAGAGAUCCCUUCAAGAGAAGGUAAAUAAAUAAUGUC